AUGAACAGUACCCUGGUGAGCUCGAGUUUGCACAAAGAUGCUGAGAAUCCAACAUUAAAACAGGCACUUUUCUUCAAUUACCACGAGUUUUCGGUUACCAGAUACGCAGAUUUGGGUGAGGACCAAGAAACAGAGCAUCAAGACGACCAGGCGUUAUGUAUAACGCAUUUUCCUAAUGUGCAUUGUGCACUUGGUUCUGUGCGCUUCCAAGAAACCCGCUUGGUUAGGAUUCCUCGCAGAUUCGAGACUACUGUUGACGUUCCUGCGUUCUCCACACAAUUACCGGGCCAGGAGCCCGCUGCACUGGUGGAUAAUGCUGAUAAUGUGAAUUUUGUUCCGCGUGGCGUCUACCAAGGCCAGAUCUACGGGAUGUCGUCAGUGAGUCCGCUCAGCGGGCUCAUGACCGAUGCGGAGUUCCAGGAAGUAGUCGAAACCGUCAAUGGGUAUUUGGUGAAAGCGUACACAUCCACUGCCGGGUGGAAUCUAUUCAAUUCAUUUAUGGACAUUUUCACCUUCCAGCUGUGGAGUAAUGUUGCAGUCAAGAUAUUCCAGAGUCCGUUAGUGGCGCUUGAAAACUACGUCUACGAAUUAAAUACAUCCCCAAAGUUUCAAGAGCGAAAACUGCAGCUAAUUUCGCCUCGAAAAUCUGGGUACCUUUCGGUAUGUUAA